GUGGGUGCGCCUGGUGCCCUGGGAGAUGGGGCCGGGGGAGGGCCGUCGCGUGCGGCUGAGCAGAUCCUCGUCCCUUUUCCCACAUUUUGGCUUUAAAGAUGGCUUUUGUUGGCGGUCGUUUCUCUGAGCGCGCCUGUAUAAAGAUAAUGUUAGCCCCGAUGCAGCCGAGCAGGAGACGCAAAAUCGAAUGGGACGGCUUAGCUGGGAGCUCACCUGCGAAAUUCUGCAAGAGCACCGAAGCGCCGGCCCGGCCUGCUCGCUCGAGUCCCGGCUGCAGCGGGGCGGCUGCCUUGGGGAAGCCUCGAGUCUUCGCCUCGGCGUCUUCGUGCAGAGAAUUCUCCCGCACUUCAUUCGCUGCCGAGGCUUCUUCCUCUGAUGAAUUUGAAGUGGAUGAUGACAUCAGCGGUGGGCAAGACGCUCCUGUCUUCAGCUUUCUUACAAAGCCGGCUGCUUCCAAGAUGCCUACGAAAAAUGUGGCAUUUUCCUCUCAGGAAUCUGUGAAACUGAAGAUCAAGCAAGAAGAUUGCAGUGAUACAAGAAUAAACAUUGCAGCAGUCCCUGAAAGAAAAAGUGCUUUAAAAGAAAAGCGGGCUGAAUGUGGCCGGAAAAGAAUAAAAGGCCAAGAUCAGAAUGAGGGAUCUCGAUUAAUAUAUCAUAAAGCUCUGCUGAGUAUAUUUGGGGGACAAUUGCAAGCCCGAAGAAAAUUUUCAUCUCUAAAUGGAAAUCAUAAGGAAAGCCCUUCUAAAAAAGAGGAACUUGGAUCAAUUAACAACCUGAGACAAUUUUCAGUAGUAUCAGAAAUUAGAGAGCAGCAGACUGGAAACAAAUCACGUUGUUUGAAAAUUGUACCAAAGGAACGUAUUAAUAUUUCUGUUAAGCAAGGCAAUAAAGAAUCAUGUUGGUCAGAUGGCAGUUCAAGACAUGUAUCUGUAAUGUCAAGUUCAGAAGAAAAAGAACAAGAAUCCAACAUUCAGAAGGUUUCUUCGAAAUCAGAAAACUCUGCAGAAUUGCCAUUUGGAAAAAAAUCAGAACUUCAACAGGAUUCCAACUUCAAAAAAGCUACUACAAAAAAAGAAAAUAAAACUUUGAAGUACAGUACAAAAGAGAUUUCUAAACCAGCUGGUUUAACACUAAUUUCUAUAGUAUCAAGACCAGAACGUGAAACAGAUUUUCAGAAGGAUCCCAACACUGAGAAAACUGUUACAAAAACAAAUAAUAAAACUGUGUAUAGUGUUAAAGAAGUUUCCAAACCAAGACAUGGUUCAAAACAUAGACAUAAACAAUCAAAAUGUGAAUAUGAAUUGGAAUUUCAACAGGUUUCCAGCUUUAAAAAGGCUGUUAAAGAAACAGAAGACAAAAAUUCUAAGUAUAGCAUAAGAGAACCUUCCAAACGGUUGGUUAGAUCAAAGCAAAGUCAUCGACUGUCAAGACUUGAGGAUGAACUUGAUGUGCAAGAAGAUUCCAGUGUUGAAAAAGCUUCUACAAAAAAAGAAAAUAAAACUAAGGGUAAUACAAGAGAAUUUUCCAAACCAAUGGUUACUUCCAAAUAUGUUCACAUAGAAUCAAGUUAUGAAGAUGAAGUAGAACUUUAUCAGGGAUCAGAGGACUCACAGGUUUCAGUAAAAGAAAAAAUAGAUGUUGGGCAGAGUAAAACUUGGAAAGAAAAUUGCCACUCAGAGCACAAAUUUAAAAGCAUGUCUAGCUGUUCACAAAUUGGAGAACAAAAAGAUAGGCAAGUCUCUUCUAAACAGCUAAGUAAAACCUCUGAUGGGAAUAUUUUUGCCAGCCAAAGUAAAAAAAAAUAUUGGAAAUCAGAAACCCAUUUGAGAAGCAUAUCUGAAAAUUCAAAAUAUGAAGCUGAAGAGACCAAGCAGAAUAGCAACAAUCAGAAAGCUCUUAUAAAAGGCGCUAGUACUUCUGCAAAACAAAAAAACAUAGCAAAAGACAAAUUCAUUUCCUCCACUUCAUCUAAUACACAAAGUGAUGCCACAGAGAAGUUUGUGAAUUUCCAGACGACUGUUACUGUUGAAUCCUCUCAAUCAGUGUUUAUGGAUGAUUCGGAAACAGAUCAAAAGUGUAUGGAGCCCAAGAAAGAACUGUCAGCUGAAAAUAAUUUGUCUGACACAGAAGAUGGAGGACCACUGGUUACUUUUUCACAAGAAGAUUCCAUCCCUAACCACAAUCUUUCAGAACCAAUGGAAAUGUCAUUGUCAACAACGGAAUUUGUGAUGUAUCCUCCUCAUUUAUACAGUCAGAAAAUGAAUGAUUAUGCAAAAUACUGGACAAGCAGUCCAAAGCCAACACAUUCUUUUUCAAGUCCCACUGAAAACACUUCGUAUUCCAAUAAUCUCUGUGAUAUUUCUUUAGAAAGCCCAAUAAAUACAUCAAAGGAUAAAAAACCUUCAGUGCAAAGUAUGCAAGAGAGAGAGUGGUCACAUGGUUCGUUAUUGGACUAUAAAGAGAAAAAAAGGCACCAGAGUAUGAAAAUAGGAACAUAUAUUCCUAUCUUCUCUUCAUCACGCAAGUCAGAUUCUUUUAUUAAUAAUUGUGUAAACCAGGAUUUGCCAAGGAGAUUGCCCAGAUAUUUAGAAGAAGGGUUUAUUGACACACACUGCCAUUUGGACAUGUUAUAUUCAAAAACAGGUUUUGGAGGCACUUUUUCUGAAUUUAGGAAAAUGCAUAGUAGCACUUUUCCUAAAGAAUUUCAGGGCUGUAUAGCUGACUUUUGUGACCCUCGUACUUUAAAAAACAACUUAUGGGAAGAUUUAUUAGAAGAAGACAUGGUUUGGGGGGCAUUUGGCUGCCAUCCACACUUCGCUCGUUAUUACACAGAAGUUCAUGAAAGAAAUCUUUUGCAGGCAAUGAGACACCCCAAAGCGAUUGCCUUUGGCGAAAUAGGACUGGAUUACUCUCAUAAAUGUAAUACAGAAAUUUCAAAGCAGCAUAAGGGCAGUUGUAAUGGCCUUUGAAGGUGUGCUGCUUUUUACUUGCUUCAGGUUUUUGAGAGGCAACUGAAUCUAGCUGUUUCCUUAAAGAAGCCAUUGGUCAUACACUGCAGAGAUGCUGAUGCUGAUCUGUUAGAAAUCAUGAAAAAAUGUGUGCCAAAAGACUACAAAAUACACAGGUAAUUGUACUGUGUUCUUAAGUUGCACCGUUCCUUUUAUUUAAAAAAACAGUAAUUGAAUCUUGAAGAGAUCAAUAGUCUGCCUGAUUAGAAUAUUAUCAUGAAAUGUAGAUAAUGACACCUUGGAAAAAAUUCUAGAACCUUAAAAGAUUUCAGUUGCUAAGACCUUAGAUUUAUGAACAGCUACGCAAUAUAAUUUUUUCCUAUGGACUCUUCUAACUCACAAAUCAAAGCUGAAAAUGAAACCAUAAUCAGAAUGAAAGAAUUCAAUUUCAUUGAAGUAAGAUUCCAUAAAUAAUUGUUUCCAUUCAAGAUAAUUUUGACAUAAGGUUUUGUGGGAAAACAGAACUGAAAAGACAUGCUAGCCUGUGAAGCAAAUACAUUGUAUAUAUUUUAAACUUAUGAGCCUAGCUUGAAGCUUGAGAAUUGUAUCUAAGAAGGUCUCUGCUAUCCUGAAAACUGGUCCUAACCAGAAUCUACUGAUACGAUAGCAACUUUAGAGACAACCCCUAGGAACUAACAACCAUAAAAGGUAAUUUGUAAAUAAGAGAAGGGGGCGAUAAAAUUUGAGUAGUGGGAGAUGUAAUCAGGGGCGGAGAUAAUGUAUUCCCUUUAGGAGCUUUGGAUAGGUUGUGACAACAUGAUUACAGUAUGAUUACUAAGCCAAUAAAGGUGGGAGGUAAAUUUGUAAUGGCAAUGGAGAAUAUAAAGAAUGAAUAUUGUAGAUUUGGUGUGUGUCCACUGUGUGUUUGCAUGCACAAGGAGCACCCCUUUGCAAAGGAGUACAAAUAAAUUAUCAUUGUUUUCUCUUGGAAGUUUUGGCUUGUAAAUGUUAUUGCAACUAGACAACGAAUCCCACAACUUGGGGGCUCUCCCGGGAUUCUCCAGACAGCGGCAGGAAUCACUGAGCAAACACCAAUUGGGAAGACAUGUCCCAUUGAGUUCAGUGGUCCUUGUUGUGGAUGAUUGGUGAGUCCUGUGUGCCUGUGGAACCCGGAACGGAAGUUAAGAGAAAGCAAUCAUAAGGGGGAGGUCCUGGGGGAUUAUACAGUGGGCACUGAAGCGCUGCAACCGGACACCUCUGUGCACAGACCAAGGUAAGAAAAUUUGGACUUAAGUAUUACCUUGGCGGUUGGGAUAUAUAAGAAGUGCCAUGGAGGGGAGGUGGGAUCUCCUCUGAACAUUCUGCCAGAUAGUCCAUGGGGUGCAGUGUUGUAAAACCAGGACUAAAACCAAAGAAUGAUUCAAUAUUUUUGUUUUGAGUGGCCAAGAAAUCCUAUUAAAGGCACUAGUGUAUUUUGGCCAAAAUAUGGAAGUUUUGAAAAUUGGCUAUGUCAAGCACUAAAAAUAUAUGCUUGUUGGAUCCCAGGCAAUACAUUUGUAGUUAAGGAAAAGAAAAAUAGUUUAUUUUUGUUAGAGGAGUGUGGAGAUAGUGUGUGUGUGUGUGUGUGUGUGUGUGUGUGUGCAGGUUUUUUUUUAAAAAUUCUGCCUUCUCUGUUGCCAGCUGUUAUUUUUUUUUCUCUCUCUCUGCUUUGGAAGAGCAAGAGAGGCAGAAAAGGAGGGGCACUGUUUCUUUCUGAUUCUUUCAACAUUUUUUUUCUCUGCUUACUUUCUACUGAGCUCUGGUCUGAGAGACAGAGAAAGGGGGAUGAUGUGAAAUCUAACCUUUGUAGCUUUUGCUUGCAUUCUUUUAGGUGGUAGAGAUAAUUGUAUUGUUAAAUACUGGAAAAAUUUGAUGCAUAGUUUCAGCCUUUGCAAUGGCUAGUGGCUUAUUUGCAUAACCACAUAUAUUUUAGUAACUCAGAAUACCUCAUUAAGCUUGUUUGUUUUGUGAAGUUGCUUUUUUUUUGCUUUAUUUUUUUAAGUCUUUAUGUAUGUGUGCAGGACACACUGAUUUAUUGAUUAGUGAAAAAAGUAGAAGAAUAACACCUGAGAAAAUUGAAGGAAUAGCUUUGGGGGCUUUGACCCAGAAGUGGGGAGGAAAGAGGCAGCCAGUGGCAUUUUUGUCAAAAAUGUUAGAUCCUGUCUGCUGAGGAUGGCCAGAUUGUGUUCAAGUGGUGGCGGUCACAGCAGUGUUAGUAAAGAAGAGCAGAAAACUGACGUUUGGGGGAGUUUGGUGGUUAGUACCCCCCCCCCCAUCAAGUGAGGGCAAUUUUGAACCAGAAAGCCAGCCGAUGGCUGACAAGAUUCGAGGAUUUUAAAAUAUGAGAGUAUGCUUAUGGAACAAAAUGAUCUAUAUUGACUACUGAUGUUAGUUUGAAUCUACUCAAUUUUUAAGUUAGAAGAAGGAACUGAUAUUGAACAUUAUUGUAUUGAAGUAAUUGAAUUACAGACAAGAUUUAGACCUGACUUAACAGAUGUUGCUCUAGGAGAAAGUGCUAAUUUGUUUAUAGAUGGGUCCUCCAGAGUGGUAGAAGGGAAGAGAAGAAAUGGAUAUGCAAUAGUAGAAGGAAGAGAAGAAAUUUUGAUAGAAGUAGGAAAGUUGCCUUUAAGUUGGUCUGCACAGACUUGUGAAUUGUAUGCAUAAAAUCAAGCUUUAAAAUUGUUGGAAAAACAGAGAGGGACUGUAUACACUGUUUCAAAGUAUGCUUUUGGAAUAGUGCACACUUUUGGAAAGAUUUGGGAAGAACGAGGGUUGAUUAAUAGCAAAGGGAAGGAUUUAGUUCAUGGAGAACUGAUUACACAGAUGUUGGACAAUUUGAUGUUGCCUGAAGAGAUUGCGAUAGUACAUGUAGAAGGGCAUCAGAAAGGAAAUUCUUUUGAAGCCUGUGGCAAUAAUUUAGCUGAAAUCAAGGUGGCAGCUGCAGAAGGAACUGAACGUUUAAUGUUAAGUUUAACUCCUACAGUGGAAAAACCAGUAUUCACUAUAGGUGAGGAGACAGAGUUAGAGAAAGUAGGGCCAGUGAAAAGAAAAAGGAGGGAUUGUGGGGAAAAAGAAUUCAUUGUUUUUACAGACUGUGAGAAGACAUGCUAGCCUGUGAAGCAAAUACAUUAUAUAUAUUUUAAACUCAUGAGCCUAGCUUGAAGCUUGAGAAUUGUAUCUAGGAAGGUCUCUGCUACGCUGAAAACUAGUCUUAACCAGAAUCUACUGAUACGAUAGCAACUUUAGAGACAACCCCUAGGACAGGGGUAGGCAACCUUGGCUCCUUUAUGACUCGUGGACUUCAACUCCCAGAAUUCCUGAGCCAGCUGGCUCAGGAAUUCUGGGAGUUGAAGCCCACGAGUCAUAAAAGAGGCACGGUUGCCUAUCCCUGCCCUAGGAACUAACAACCGUAAAAGGUAAUUUGUAAAUAAGAGAAGGGGGCGAUAAAAUUUGAGUAGUGUAUUCCCUUUAGGAGCUUUUUAUAGGUUGUGACAACAUGAUUACAGUAUGAUUACUAAGCCAAUGAAGAAGAGGUGAGAGGUGAAUUUGUAAUGGCAAUGGAGAAUAUAAAGAAUGAAUAUUGUAGAUUUGGUGUGUGUCCACUGUGUCCUUGCAUGCACAAGGAGCACCCCCUUUGCAAGGAGUACAAAUAAAUUACCAUUGUUUUCUCUUGGAAGUUUUGGCUUGUGAAUUUUAUUUCAGCUAGACAACGAAUCCCACAGUUUUCAUACAAAAAAAGAAUUACUGAAAUAGCAAUUACCAUGCUACAUAACUGUUUUGUCAAGUCUUUAAUAUGACCUUCCUUAAUGUUUUCUUGUUACUGGUUAUUCAUCUGAACUGGGAUGACCAUUAUUUUUGAUCCCUUCAUAGACAUUGUUUCACCGGCAGAUAUAGUGUCAUUGAACCACUUUUAGACUACUUUCCAAAUCUGACUGUUGGAUUCACUGCGUUGCUGUCUUACCCAUCAGCAAAUGAGGCUAGAGAAUCUGUUCGAAAAAUCCCAUUAAGUAGAA